AUGGCCCCUCCAUGGAAGUUCACGUGUGCCCUCUGGGCUCUCGCCUCGACCGUCUCUUGUGCAGCAGCGCAGGCCACCUCCCUUACUGAACUCUGUUCCACCUCGUUCGCUCAGUCAUCACUGCCUGCUGCUGACUUCUUCCCGGGACUCACAAUCGAUGCGGACUCGGUUGAGACGACACUAGUGAGGAACGCAUCCGCUUCGAGCGAGUGGUAUCCAACUGCUUCUUUCGACUAUUGCAAUAUUACAUUCGCCUAUUCACACGAUGCAUUCAAGAAUCGAUACGUGUCGACAGGGGGAGGCGGCCUUGCCAUCAACUCCCAGAAGGCUGACAUCCCGACGGGCGUUAUUGUCGGUGCGCUCUCCGGCAUCGCUGAUGGUGGCUUUGGGUCGUUUGACUCCCAGUGGGACAGCGUCUUUCUUCUUGCCAACAACACGAUCAACUGGCAGUCCGUCUACAUGUUUGGCUACCAAGCCCACCAUGAGCUCGCAACGCUGGGCAAAGAGUUCGCUCGCAACCUCUACGCCGUAAACGUGACGGAAAAGGUCUUUUCCUACUACCAGGGUUGCUCAGAAGGCGGUCGCGAAGGGUGGAGCCAGCUUCAGCGAUUUGGCGAGGCCUACUCGUGUGAGGCCACGACUGGAGGCUCGGGUGGAGAUUUUGCAGAGCUGGCUCGGCGACAGAUGCCGUCACGCGCCACGCCGGCGCAAAGUGGCACCGUCACAGCCAAAGGUGCGAUCUUGAUGAAAUCUUUUUUCGAUGGCUUGCGCGACUCGGAGGGACGCCUCGUAUACAUCAAUGCUCAGCCCGGAUCCAGCUUCAGCGACGCCGCGACUACGUUUGACGAAGAUGCUGAAACGUGGGGUGUCAGCAUCUCGGGCCUCGGCGGUGAGUGGGUUGCACGAUACCUCCAGCUGCAAGACGCCAACACUAUCGCGAGCCUCGACAACGUUACCUUGGACACGCUCAAGGAGUGGAUGAUCCUGGGCCAGAACAAGUAUGGUGACUCGUUGCAGACGACAUACCCAGACCUUGCCGACUUUCAGGCGGCCUGCGGCAAGGUGAUCCACGUGCACGGUGAAGCCGACGACUCGAUCCCGGCGGGCUCUUCGGUGCACUAUUUCGAGUCGGUGCGCAGCGUCAUGUUCCCGUACGUCAGCUACGAGGAUGGCGUGCAGCAGCUGCAGGACUUUUACAGGCUCUUUCUCGUGCCUGGCGGCGCGCACUGUGGGAGCAACUCGGCGCAGCCUCGCGGGGGCUGGCCGCAGUCGACGCUGCAGACGGUCAUCGAGUGGGUCGAGGGCAAGACGUCGCCCGACACGCUAAGGAACACGGGCACGAAUGCUGAGCUAUGCCCCUGGCCCCUGCGGCCGAUGUGGUCUGGCAAUGGCACCGAGGCCGAGUGUGUCAGCGACGCAGCGGCUGUAGCGACGUGGCAGUACGACUUUGAUGCGUAUAGGGUGCCGUUGGCCGUCGUCGGCAGCCCGUUCUCGGGACAUGGGCAGAUCUACCGUCCCAGAACCGAAGAGCCAGGUGCCUCAUCCCUCAAGGCGGAAGGAGUCUUUGACGGUGUGUCUACGAUUGUGAGUUCCGAUGUGGUCCGAUUAGGGGCUGAGGGCGACGAGAACGUGGAUAUAAGGACCGCGAGGGCCUCCAAGCUGCGGAGAGCCAUGGUUCAGAUGUAA